AUGAAUUCCAGUUGGAAUGGCGUAAACAAGGUCGUUGGAGCGGAGGUACAGUACACAUGUGACGCGGGUGGCUUCUUCGGAGAUCUUAACGCGACAGUAAAUAUUACUUGCGAAGAAAGUGGGAACUGGACGGAAAUUGACCCGGAAAUAUUCUUCUGCAAAAUACCCGUGCCAGGUGAUCUCCCUCCCAUCCCCCCCGGUGCCAUCAUGGUGGCCCCAGACCCCCCGUACUGGGUUCCUGCCGCUAUCAGUUUCAUCUGCCGUGAAAACCAGUUAUCUCCGCUGAGCACCACCAACUACACGAUAUUCGGAAACGAGAUAUGUCAGGACGAUCCCUUUGAGGCCCCUGAGCGAGCGGAGUCAUCCUGGAAUGGCUUUUCCAAAACAGAAGGGAUACAGGUGCAGUACACGUGCGAGGAGGACCACGUUUUCGCCGACUUCAACGCGACACUAAACAUCACUUGCGGAGGAGACGGAAACUGGACCUCUGUCGACCGGUCCAUCCUCAUAUGCAGGAUACCCAUUCCCUGCGACCCCCCUCCCGCACCCCCUGGAGCCACUAUGCUGGGGGAGCCCCCGUACUGGGCGGGGUCGCUCGUCACCUACGUGUGCGGGGAGAACCAGGCCUUCCCCAACAGCGGUAGGGCCGUGAACGUCUCAGCGAACGCAACGGGAUGGCCUGAGAUGGGACCGGACUUCAUGUGCUACAAUGCAUGUCAAGCCCUGCCCGAACUGCCAGAUCACGUGAGCCACAACCUCACGGGAACCGGACUUUGGGGCGACGUCGUGCAGUACGAAUGCCGAGGUAUUUUCGCCGACGGGUCAAAAAACAUCACGGACUCUUGCGAACUGGGCAACUGGACACUCUCCGUCAUCCCUGUGUGCGAGUGCUGCAGUAUGAAGCGUCCAACAGAAACACAGCGUGACUUAACAUAG